AAACCCAUGAAAUUGCAGACUUCUAUAUCAGUUUUGUAUUACGAAUCAACGUGAUAACACAUAACAUUUCUCAAAAUGAAAUUCUUAGUCGUCCUUGCCUGCUUGUUGGCUGUUGCCUACGCCAACGAAGAAGCCGAUGUUAUCCGUUCGGAGAGCGAAGUGAACCCAGAUAGCUACAGCUACAACUACGAAUUCUCCAACUCCAUCAAGGCCCAACAACAAGGUGUCCUCAGCGGUGAUGCUUUGGUCGCUUCCGGUCAAUACUCCUACACCUCCCCCGAAGGUGAAGCUGUCUCCGUUCAAUACGUCGCUGAUGAGAACGGUUACAAAGUUGUGAGUGCCAACCCACCUCUACCAACCCCACCACCAAUCCCAGAGGCCAUCCUUAAGGCUAUCGCUUACAUCGAAGCUCACCCCUCCAAGGAAUAAGCAAAUGUUGUGUGCUUUUAUUAAUUGAUUGUUUCGUUUUUUAAACUCGGUCCUUUUUCUAUUUUUCGAAUAAAUGCAUUCUAAG